AUGGCCCCUUCAACCAGGCCAAGACACCAUGUGGUGAUUAAGCUCGCAUUUUGCGGGGCCGCUGCAACGGCGAGCGCUCUAGCGGCCACGAGCCACAAGCUUAUUGGAUACCGUUGGUGGGACGGCCGAACGAACCUAGUCAGCAAAAGCAAUGGCUCUGUUGAGCCAUUGCUGUUGGGUGUGCACGGCCGGCAUGGCUCCAAGAUCGUGCUUGAGCGCCGGUGCGUAACGUUCGGCUCUACAUGGCUUGUGACUGCCGCCACGGACGGCAGUGCCGUGGGGUUUUGGCGUGUUGAUUUGUUGCUGCGUUGCCUGUUCGUGGACAUUUCCGUCGGUGGCACGUAG